CCGAUCAAGAGCACUAUGGACAACUCCACGACGAUUCAGUACGCUGGCCUCAUGCACAGCUUCAUCAUGAAGGCGAGGAGCACUGUGCGAGACAUCGAUCCCCAGAACGACCUCACGUUCCUGCGCAUCCGCUCCAAGAAAAACGAAAUCAUGGUUGCGCCAG